CACACUGAGGAAACACACACACACACACACACACACACACACACACACUGCUCUGUCUGCUGUGACUCCACUGAUCUGAAGAAGGAAAAACCAGUUUCUUCUCUGGAGGACGACGAUCGGGAAACAGUUUCCUGGAGUCAACGUUUGUUUUGUUGUUUUUUCUUCAGAUAUAAACUGGAUUGAGAGGAACAUCUGGAGUCACAGAGAGAGUGGGUGCGUGGAUGAAUGAACACUCAUGGAUUAAAGAGCGUCCAGCAGUGGUUGCUCCUCUGAGGCUGAGGUCUGCGUGUUCGUCCACUCACAGCAGGUGUGAACGUCUUCAGUUCCUCCAGAACCUCUGCAGCACCUGCUCGUCACUGAGAGACUCUCUGUCCAUCCUGCAGGUCUGACGACUUCAAAGUGAGGAGCAGUCCUCCACUGGUGCAUCAUCGUCAUCAUCAUCAUGUCCUCUCUCUGAUUAUCUCUGUUUAUUGAGCUGCACAGCUGAAAGAGAGGGAGGCUCUUUUUUUUUCCCCCUUCAAGAUUAGAGAGAGAGGAAAGAGGGGCGGGAAACAUAAACAGUCAGUCUGAGGCUGUAAACACGUCCACAAUCUGUCCUCUAAACACAUCCGACGUAAAUCAACACUACAUUUGUCUGUGGAGACUCUGAGGACACAGUCCAGAGUGAACUCUCGUCACCAUUGAUUUUCCAGCAUAUGAUGAAACCUGAGGAACCUUCAAACGUGGUCUUCUCUUGUCUCUGCACCAACAUGAAACGCUCGAGCAGGAGCCUCCUCCUGCAGCAGAGGAGCUCGUCCUCCACCAGACUCCAGCGGCCUCUCCUCCACCCCAGGACCCUGCUCCUCCUGCCCGUGCUCCUCCUCCUCUUCCUCUCCAUGUGGAGCCAGCAGGCCGAGGCCGUGGUCCACUCCAGCUUCAAGAGGCUCAGCGGCCGAGAGAAGAAGGAGAUGCAGAAGGAGAUCUUGUCCAUCCUGGGUCUGCCGGGUCGUCCCAGACCCCACCCGCCGCUGAGGCCUCCCUCCUCCGCUCCGCUCUUCAUGCUGGACCUGUACCACGCCAUGUCGGCGGACGGGGAGGACGAGGGCAACGAGAUCAUCGUGAGUGGUCCUGGCAUGGGCAGGUUUGGAGGAGUGGAGAGGUUAGCUCAGGUCAACCACGCCGCUCUGCCCACACUCAGCACGCACUCACCACCACUGGGGACGGUGGUCAGCGAGGCCGACACCGUCAUGAGCUUCGUCAACUUGGUGGAGCAGGAGCGUGACCUGCUACAGCCUCGUCCGUACUGGAAGGAGUUUCGCUUCGACCUGACGCCACUGCCUCAGGGAGAAACGGUGACGGCGGCCGAGUUCCGCAUCUAUAAAACUCUGACUGUGGGUCAGAGAGCGAACAGAACUCUGCACAUCUCUGUCUACGUCAUCAAGAGAGAGAACAGACACAGAGAGCCAGAGCUGGUGCUGCUGGACAUGCAGUCGGUUCCUGCAGGUCAGGAAGGAUGGCUCGCCUUUGACGUCACCUCGGCCUCAAACCACUGGCUCCUCCAUCCUCGCAGCAACCUGGGCAUCCGUCUCUAUGUGGAGACUGAGGAGGACCGCUCCCUGUCUGCAGGCUGGAUCGGGUUGGUGGGUCGUCGAGGUCCUCGCUCCAAACAGCCCUUCAUGGUGAUCUUCUUCAGAGAGAGUCAGAUCCCGUGUCGACCGCCUCGUGCUGUAAAACCUCAUCCUCGCAGGAGGAAACCAAAAUACGACCUCCCAGUUCCCAGCAUUCAGAAUCGUAGUCCUGUAAACAACGGAGCUCUGCCGUGUAAAAAACAUGAACUCUACGUCAGCUUCAGUGACCUGGGAUGGAAGGACUGGGUUUUGGCCCCCAAUGGUUAUUCAGCGUAUUACUGUGAUGGAGAGUGUUUUUAUCCUCUGGGCUCCUGCAUGAACGCCACCAACCACGCCCUCAUCCAGCAAGUGGUUCACCUCCUGAAGCCUGACGAGGUUCCUAAGGCGUGCUGCGCCCCGACCAAGCUCAGCCCCAUCUCUGUUCUCUUCUAUGACGACAACAACAAUGUCAUUCUCAAAAAACAUCGCAACAUGGUGGUUAAGACCUGUGGGUGUUUAUGAUGUUUAUGAGUCAUUUUCUACCCAAGCACACAGACAUUUGUUCAGAUGCCAAAUCUGCAUUUCAACAUUAUUUUUUACUGUAAAAUCAAGACUGUACACAUUUGUUUGUUACCAAACAUUUUUAAAAUGUUGAGUCGGCUUUAUACACAUUGAUAAUAAGUAGCUGAAGGACAUUUUCUUCUCCAGAACUAAUGCUUGAUUAUCUUUUCUAAUGAAUUAGGAAAGUUUGGAUCUUUGUAGUUUUUACAGACGAUGGCAAAUGAAACUGGAUGGCAGGACGUGCCAUUAAUGAUGCCUGUUUUUGUGGUUGCAACACAAAUCUAAAUGAUGAGACUUAAAUAGUAUUCAAUUAAUUGAAAAAAAACAAUUAACAUUAUCUUGACUUGCAUUACCAAACAGUAGGAAUGUGGAGGAGAUGUCAACGGGUGGACCACAAAACAUUUGUAAAGUUACAAGCUCAAAAAGUCAGCCCUUUUAUUCGACUUUUUUUUUUUAUGGUUUUUUGUCUAUUUAUGCUUUUAACAUGAAGGGUUUUAAAAUAUAUUGUAACAAGUAAAUAAAAAGCCAAAAAAUGUU